UUACCUGUAUGUUUUUAAGAUGCUGGGCUGUACUGGGUGAAGGAACUGCUCUGUGAUUGAAUUAAGGGCAGUAGUGCUGCGUUAACACCCCAAGAUUUCCCUUCUCUACUCUAGUUUGGGCAGCAGCAACCAUAAAUCAGAUCCAGAGAGCAUUCGGUUUAAUCCGGUGUUAAUUUGGAGGAGUCUGAUGGCCAGGGACGGAGUUGUGGGACAAGGGCUGCUCCUCAGACUGGGCAUCACCAUGGUGCUGCUGGGGCCUCUCCUUCCCAGUACAGUCUCUAGUCCUCCACUACCUCCGCGGUUUGCUUCCUAUGAAGUGAUAGUUCCGAGGAAGCUAGCAGCCAAGGAAGGCAAAGCCACCAAGGAAGAGAUGUCCUAUGUCAUCAAGGCAGAAGGAAAGAACCACAUUGUUCACCUAAAGCAGAAGAAAGGAUUUCUAGUAAAAAAUUUUCCAGUCUUCACUUAUGAUGCUAGAGGUCAGCUGAGAGUUGAUCAGCCCCAUAUUCCAGAUGAUUGCUACUAUCAUGGGUAUGUGGAAGAUACCCCAGAGUCUCACGUGGCCCUCAGCAUCUGCUCCGGACUCAGAGGGUUUCUCCAGAUUGGGAGCUUAAACUAUGGCAUUGAACCUGUGGAGACUUCCUUUACAUUCCAGCACCGUAUUUAUCGAACAGAGGAGAUGGAACCCAAGGCUGUGAUGUGUGGAUUAACCGCCAAUGAGAUAAAAUAUCAAGCUUCUGAAACAGAAAGGAGGCAGGUUCCCAAAGCGGAAGAAUUUCAUCCCUGGACGCACACUAAGUAUAUGGAGCUUCUUAUAGUGGUGGACAAACUGCGGUUUGAAUAUUCAGGCAGAAAUAUAACUAAUGUUUCGAUGGAAGUUGUUGAUGUAGUCAGUAUGGUGGAUGAGCUUUUUUAUCCUCUUCGUCUUCGUGUACUACUAACUGGACUAGAAAUUUGGACAGAAAGCAACCCCAUCACAAUUACACACAAUAUAAGUGAGGUUCUUUCUAAUUUUAACGUUUGGAGAAUACGUCACAUUUAUCCACGGGCGCCACAUGAUGUAGGACACCUGUUUGUGUAUAUGAACUUCGGAGCAAACAUUGGAAAAGCGUACUUGAGAAGUGUCUGUGAUAAGAAACGUGCAUCAGGUGUCGAAGCAUUCUUGCAUGGCCCUUCAAGGGAGUUUGCUGUACUUGUUGCUCAUGAGCUGGGACAUAAUGUUGGCAUGAAACAUGACGGAAAAGAAUGUGUAUGUGCCAAUGAUAGUACCUGCAUCAUGAAUGCGCAUCAUACACAAGUCUAUCAAUUCAGUAACUGCAGUUCUAGAGACUAUUUUGACCUAACAGUGUCCGGGAAAGGACGCUGUCUGAAUAACAUCCCAGAAAUUGAGAAACUAUUUCACGUGCAGCAUUGUGGCAACUUCAUAGUAGACCCAGGAGAACAGUGUGAUUGUGGCUCCAAAAAGCAAUGUAAAAAGGACCCUUGCUGUGAUCACACCUGCCAGUUGAAGCCAGGGGCUAUUUGUGCUUUGGGACAGUGCUGUCACAAAUGUCAGUUUCUUCAACAAGGAAGAACAUGCAGAAAGCAGACAAAUGAAUGUGACCUGCCUGAGUAUUGCAAUGGGACGUCUCCGUGGUGCCAAGAGAAUGUGUAUAUGCAAGACGGGACUUUAUGCAGUGACAACGGCUACUGUUUUCAUGGGUUUUGCUCUACUCACAAUUUACAAUGUCAACACCUCUUUGGCAAAGCAGCCAAGGUGGCUCCAGAAAGUUGCUUCCAAGAAGUGAACUCAAAAGGGGAUCGGUUUGGCAACUGUGGAGGGGAUGGGGGUGAUGUAAAGUUUGAGAAAUGUACAUUGGAAAACGUCUUGUGCGGUAGGGUGCAGUGUGUGAAUGUAAAAAGAAUACCUUGGGGGGAGGAUCAUAUGACCAUAAUUCAAACACCAGUAGACAACAUGUGGUGCUGGGGGAUAGACUUUCACUUGGGGGUAGAGCUCUCUGAUACGGGUAGAGUAGAAGAUGGCGCAAAGUGUGGUACAAACAAGAUUUGUAUUAACCACACAUGUAUUAAUGAGACAAUCGUGCUGACAUCCAACUGUUCUGUAAAGAAGUGCAGCAGUAGAGGGGUUUGCAACAGCAAUGGGAACUGCCACUGUAAUGAUGGCUGGGCCCCUCCAAACUGUCAGUUUGCCGGCUUUGGAGGAAGCAUUGACAGUGGGCCCCCACCACUUUCCAAAAUUGGACUCUUUAGUUUUGUCGGGACUAUUUUGGGCAUAACCAUUGCUGCUGCUAUAGUCACUGCAGUUAUCGCUCUCUUACUUAAAAAGCCUGUGUCAAAAAUGAUUCGCAGAGCAUCUGAACGCAUUGGGCAAAGAAAUCCACCUAUCAGGAGCAUGUAAAAAUAAGGCAGCGUUAGCUUCAAAAAGCCAGUGCAGAAUGGCAAGUCCAUUGUUUAGGGUUUCUCAGAGCCGUUGUGGAAAUGCCUGGGGAACCUGGCCGGAGAAUCAAUGGGGCCGGAUGAGUAGUUUCAGUAAGACUCAUGUAAAUUUACUUUAUACACACACACACAUACACUUUUGGCAGUUUGUUCUGUUUUUUUAACUAUUUAAAUAAAUUUGGUCUUGGAAUCAAAUAGCAAAACGGUCAUCAAAUUAAAAACCUGACUGAUUUAAAUCGAUAUAUCAUUCCCCUGACCCCAAUCAGGCCCUAAGCAAUUCACUGCUUGUCUGUGCCAGGGUUUGUAACUGGGGUCUGACUGGAAUCUGGCAGCCUUGCUUCCCCGUUCAUCACCAUUGUGUUUUUUUAGGAUACUGGUGAAUUGACACAGAAGCUGGCAGAGAAGGGGCGAGACCCAACUGGGAGUUCUAAAAACUUAAUAUUUAGGGUUAAAGUUCCUAUUUUUUGCCAUUUUUUUUUUCUUCACAACCCACAGGUUUUUCCCCUCAGCAGAGACUGGCACCUAAUAUCGUCCCCUUCAGCGAAAGUCAGCUUUCCAAAUGGCCAUCUCUCCUUGUUCUUAGUGAGACAGAAGCUACAGGCAGCCCUUGGUUAAGAUGGCCAUUUCCCUGCAGUCUGGGGAGGAGGACUUUAGGCAGCUCUAAAAAGAAAUGGGUACAUUCAGUGUCCCCACUGUUACACAUGGGGCUAAAGUUCUGCUGCCCUGAGGGAAGAGGGCAGCCCCAUAUUCUGUGAGGAGGCAGAGAGGGGCACUGUGAAGAACAGGUGGGCCAGGGGUGGGGAGGAAGGGUUGGUGACCCCAAGGGAAGGACACUGCUGUGGGCAGGUCCACGUGGACAAAUAUAGGUGAGUGAAGGAAGAAGCCGUGAAGGCUUUCUAGAGAGGGUCAGGAGGGAGGUGGGUUAUCUAUCAGGGCAAAGGCUAGCGAGGGCUCAAUGGGAGCCAUUCCCGCCGUACCCCAUCCCAGGGCCUAGGAGAGGCAAGUGGAAUCCCCUCCAAGCAGCCAGCAAGGGGGGAGGAGGGGCUCACCCCUUUUUGUGGUUUUUGGCAGUUCAGGUUGAAUUUUGAAGCCCCCCUCACCCUGUAGGCUCAAAGGUCAGAACACAGACCAGAAAAAAACAUUGUUUUAAAAAAAAAAAAAAAAAAAGUCUCUCGCUGUUUAAAGUCGUCUCCUGCUAUGUGGGGAGCUGAGUCAUGAUUUUUAAAUGCUUGUUUUUGGCCAUACACCCUAUGGCCCUCCUGCAUUUCUCCCCUUCACAAGCUCCUAUUUCAAGCUUCCUGCCCAAAGCCUCAGAAUAGUGGCUGCUGACAGCCGUCCAGCACCCCAUUCACCAAAUUGUCUUUUUCCAGUACAUCAGAGGAUUUCUCCAAGCACACACAACUCAUUAUCUUAAGGCGGGGAGGUGUUGGAAAAGGAGAUAGUGGAAGACUGACAUCGCUGAGGGCCAGUGAUGGUUGGGAUGGAUGAUGCUGCCAUCUCUUUAAGGGAGACCAGUCUCUGUUUACACACAGCAACUGAUAAAACUUCUGUAGAUACAUGAAAGAGUCUGCAAACCCUAAUGUCCUUCCCUACAGGGGUCUCGUGCAGCUAUAAUCUCAGGCCUCUUUAUCCUCAGUCACAUGUUGUAGACUAUUCACCUUCAACCAGACAUGGAAGAAGAAGAAGAAAAAAUGCUGUUUGAAAUGUUCCAUUGCAGCUGGCGUUUCAGGGGCAAGGGCCAAAACACUUUUCUUCUUCUUCCCAGUUUAGAAGCCUGAAUUUCCUACCAUACUACAGAGGUCUGUCAGUAUUUCAGUGCUCCAGAAUCGAGCAAAGGGGAGCCUUUAGCUGGCCCCUGGCUUUGUGCUAUGUGGUAACACCCUUCAAAAUUUCUUGUAACCUCAUCUAGUAGCCAUCCCCCAGUGUUUUACAAGCAUUAGCAAUAAUGGUUGGGAAUAACACCUAAGACAAGGCCUUUAGCUGAAGUCUAGGUUGAACUAGUACAUCAGCAAUAUGGUCAUCCAAGUGCUACCGCUGCAUGUGCUCAGCUGGGCCUAACUCUGUCCCACAAUGCAAUGCUUUGAUUUUGGAGGUUGCUCCAAAGCCUCUGCUCUCACCAAAUAGAUUGGGUGAGCAGUGGAAUUUUUUUCAGCUUUCUCCAGCUGGCAACGAAGGCUCCAGGGCUGCAGCUGAAUAACCUGUGCAUGUGUAACGGCCUGCCAAUGUACACCCAGUGGCUGGAUUGGGGUCUUGGUUUUGGGGCUACUUGCCCUUUGACAGUAACCAGCUGAAGGAUUCUAAUGGACCCACUGGAAUUUCCUCUGGGGGAGGAAUAGUAGCUGGAGUGACUGCCGAAGAACAGUGGAUUCUAGUUAUAGUGAAAAAGCCAAGAAAGUUGACUCAGGGUUGUUUGGAUCUGACAAGUCAGGCAUUUGCUUUAACUAAAACCAUGUUUUCUCUGUUAUAAUUUGUGGAAAUUUGGCUUGGAACCAAUCAUUGUCUGUCUAUUUGCAUCUUUAUGAAUUGCCAGUGCCAGUUAACUACCACAUAGCUAAAAAAGUCAGAAACCUUCCACCAUUGGAAGCUGGUGCGGUCUAGUGCAUAGAGCACAGACCUGGAGCCAAGAGCGCCUGUGCUCUAAUCCUGACACUGACUUGCGACAUUGCCUUGGACACAUCCCUUAGCUACUCUGUGCCUCGGUUUCCACAUCUAUAAAGUGGAGACUAGACUUCCCUGCCUUUCAGGAUGUUAUGAGGAUACAUUUGUUAGUUUGUACAGUGUUCUGAGUGUAAAAAGUCCUGAUACUAUAUAAAUAACACAGCAAUGACAUAACGUGUGUGUGUGUGCUGCACUGCCCCGUGCUAGAUAGAAUCAGAACUGCUCACCUGUGUGUCAUUGGUGCUAUAUUGCUGACAGUGAAGGGUGAUUCUCCUUUAUCCCAAAUAGAAGGGGCCUGUGAUUGUGGAAGUGGAAUGUGUAGGAAAAAG